AUGGAGAGAACACGGGUGGCUAAGGUUGACAAUGUGACCUUGGCUCGCCGUGGUGAGCAGGUCGAUGGCACGCUCCACCUCACCCCUCACCACUUGAUCUUUUCCCACGUUCCCCCAAUCUCCAGCGAGGAUCAAGCGAAAGGUGUUACAGUAAGACCGAAAGAACUCUGGAUUACCUACCCGAUUAUCGCAUUCUGCACUUUACGCCCGGCUCCUGGGGCCUCCCGCCAGCUCUCCUCCAUCCGCCUCCGCUGCCGAGACUUUACCUUUGUCUGUUUUUAUUUCAUCAACGAGCAGAAAGCUCGCGAGGUUUAUGAUGCUAUAAGGCAAUGGACCUGCAAAUCCGGUCGGCUAGAUAAGCUGUAUGCCUUUUCCUAUCAGCCGCCGCCGCCGGAGAAGGAAAUAAAUGGGUGGGAGUUGUAUGACCCGCGCAAAGAGUGGGAGCGCCAGGGCCUACUUAAAGAGAACUCAGGGUGGCGCGUCUCUGAGAUAAACACUGAUUAUGGAUUUUCUCCAACAUACCCUGCACUUAUUCCCGUGCCGUCUGCUAUCUCUGACAAUACCAUUAACUAUGCAGGGAGAUACCGCUCCCGAGCGAGAAUCCCAGCCCUUACAUACCUGCAUCCUGUGAACAACUGCAGCAUCACCAGAAGUUCACAACCACUGGUCGGAGUGCGCCAAAAUCGCAGCAUUCAAGACGAGAAGCUGCUGGCUGCCAUAUUCUCUACAUCACGAUCCGACCGACCGUUGGCUAGCUUUGUCCCAUCCCAGUUAGACAGAGAGGCAUCCGACUCGAGCCAAAGCUACGAGAGCCCAGAGGCCAGCCAAAUAGACCCGGAUCUGUCAAAUGCGGAAGAGAUAGAGGAUGACAUGCUGGCCGCUGCUCGUGGUGUUCCCGAGGAGCAACGGGCAAUUUAUGGUGCUCAGCAGCAGAAUCUGAUUGUCGAUGCCCGGCCUACAGUCAACGCUUUUGCUAUGCAAGCCGUUGGACUUGGCUCUGAGAACAUGGACAAUUACAAGUUCGCAACCAAGGCCUAUCUUGGCAUUGACAAUAUCCAUGUCAUGCGUGAUUCGCUGAACAAAGUUAUUGACGCCCUGAAAGAGACGGAUGUCACUCCGUUAGGGCCUAACCGCGACCUUCUGGCACGCAGUGGCUGGUUGAAGCAUAUUGCGGGUAUAUUGGACGGGGCUGGUCUAAUUGCCCGUCAGGUUGGCGUGCAGCACUCUCACGUGUUAAUUCACUGCUCCGACGGCUGGGACCGAACGAGUCAGCUCAGUGCCUUGAGUCAACUUUGCCUGGAUCCAUACUUCCGAACUAUGGAAGGGUUCAUGGUCCUCGUGGAGAAAGAUUGGCUUUCAUUUGGUCAUAUGUUCCGACAUAGAUCGGGCCAUUUGAACAGUGAGAAAUGGUUCCAGAUCGAGAAUGAGCGCAUCGGUGGAGAGGUCAACCGUGGCUUUGGCGAUGGUGGUGGUGCCGGAAAGGCCAUUGAAAAUGCAUUCCUUAGUGCUAAGGGAUUCUUUGGUCGCGACAACAACAGCCGUGACUCCUUGCCGGACUCGGAUGGAGAGCUCAAGAGCUACGACUCUGAUACCCCGGUUAAGAAGCCUUCCCCCACCCCUCGCUCUGCUGUCUCUGAGAGAGAGAUCACCAAAGUGAAGGAGACGAGUCCUGUUUUCCACCAGUUCCUCGACGCAACAUAUCAGCUACUGUACCAGCAUCCGACACGCUUCGAGUUCAACGAGCGCUUCUUGCGGCGGCUGCUCUAUCAUCUUUACUCUUGUCAGUUUGGAACUUUCCUCUUCAACAACGAAAAGGAACGUGUCGAGAUGAACGCGCGAGAACGAAGUCGAAGUGUAUGGGACUAUUUCCUUGCCCGACGGGAACAAUUCACCAACCCGCAAUACGAUCCCGAGAUUGAUGAUCAUCAGCGUGGCAAGGAACGGCUGAUCUUCCCACGUCCCAAAGAGACUCGUUGGUGGAACGAAGUCUUUGGUCGAACAGACGCGGAGAUGAACGGGCCUGUUCCAGCAGGAGCGCCAGUAGCUGCUGGAAGCGACAGUCCAGGAGGAAACCGGGAAUCCGUCUUGACUGGUAUCGAGACAGCUCAUAGCUAUCCAAGCUCCGAGGACUCUGGGCACAAUACCCAAAGUGCUGCGCCAUCCGAAAUGGCUGCUGUGCAGGCAGGAUUCUCCAGCCUGUCUUUCCUGAAAGGUCAGGGCCCUGAAUCAAAGACAGACAAGCCGAAAGAGAUGGAAGCGGAGAUGCAGUGA